AUGACAAGCCGAAAAGACGAGCAAUAUGGUCGUCUCAUGCAUGACGACGAACCCAUAGAGCAUGUGGAUAAGGACCUCCAUACACGAUAUCUGCGCAAAGUCUUUCAUUUGAACUGUUCGCUCAUGUCCAACCUCUUUCUAGCGCUGGUAGUUGUAGGACUGCUAGCCCGGACCUCUUCCCAGCCAUCCGCAUUGACUCUAUCAAUCCCAUACACUGGCGUUGGUCCCGUCCAACUACUGGAGGAUCAGCUUGCCGUCUCAUCAAAUGUUAUAAAGACCUAUCGGUUCGCCGAGGAUAACUUGGAUGAUUUGGAUUUCAGGAAGGGAGAUCCUUACUGGCGCGCCCUCUUUCCUAAAGGCGAGGGCCAAGUCUAUCUCGAAGACGAUGUCAUAGAGUCCUACAAGCUUCCACCAUCUAUGAGAAACCCGGCCAAAGGGAAUAUGUCCGCUUAUCUAAUGGCUGGAUACCAUUCCUUACACUGCAUAGGGAGCAUCCGGCAGUCAUUGGGGAGAUUCAUGGCAGCCCAUAUUACUGGAGGCCAGUACAAUAUAACGCAGCACGACUGGCUUCAUACUGUUCACUGCGUGGCGGACUUGCGUCAAGUGCUAUUUUGCAAUUUUGACGAGACUCUGAUGCCUUACCAAGCAACGAUCCACCCUGGUUAUCAUCAGAAAAAGGUGUGUAAGAAUAUGCGGCCUAUCGAUGAGUGGCUGGAGUACAACUAUGAGGGGAAGUUCUUGGACAAUGUCGAAUAG